AUGUCGAAGAUGUUACCACGUCAAUGCGGCCGUGGUGGAGUUGCAAAUUGUGGCCUUCCGAAUAAUUCAUUGGGCGACAAGGAAUUGCGUGACCAACUGCAACAGGAAAUUGAAAACAAAUCAAAGCUUUGUGCAAAUCCCACUUAUGAGUGUACAAUACCACGCAUUGAUGGCUACGAGUACUGUAUGCGACAUAUCCUUAGGGAUCCCAAAGGAAACUUUCGACAAUGUACCUACACGUACAGUAACAAUAAAAAAUGUACAAAUGCCUUGCCGAAACAUGACCUAAAGAAGGAUCCGAAUAUGACAACACUUUGUUUUGAACACAAUCGACAAGUUCAGUUGCAGAAGACACAUGCAUCGGUGGGCAAACUGAAACAGGUGGAAACUAACGAAGCAUUACUCAAUAGCUUGGCCCAUCAUGUAAAUGUCGAGGAGACACCAGAAAAAACUGAGACAAAUUGUGAACAGGAUGAAGAAAUUGACGUAGUAUCGCCACAUGUUACGCCAUUUGUUUGUCAGGAUCAAGUUAAUACACUUGGUGAUAUUGCCAAUACAAUGCGCAAACGUAAGCGAAUAUUGGACUAUGCGUCGGAUAGUUCUUCUGAUGAAGAAGUCAUUUGCAUGAGCAACACUUCGCGCGGCUAUGAAUGCAAUGAAUCCGAUAAUGAAAGUGUCGACUCUCAAGAUGAGGAUCUGCUCAAGCAUGCCGGGGUAUAUACACGCCAAGAAGCCAUACGUAUUUCUGAAGCAAAACUUACUAAGCUGCAAGGUCUCUACAUAGAUCAGAUUAAUCGUUUACAUCAUACGUUAAGGGAAAAAAGACGUCGCUACUUGCAUGCCAUGCAGCGGGAGGGUGCACAUUUAUGCAGUAUACAUCAACAAUUGAAAGAGACGCCAAGAGAAAGACAUCUGUACGAACAGUUGAAAGCAUUAAACUCCUAUCACAGACGGCAUGGCGUUGAAGCUGUCCUCUACAAGAAAUUCAAGGAGAAACGCAGUCGUGCCGGUGAUGCUGCCUCUAAAGCUUCAUUUACCAAGUGUGCUUUUACGGAGGGUGGUGUUAAAUGUGGUGAUCGUGCGAUGUUGCAUACUCGAUAUUGUCGUAAACAUAUUCUGGAGGAUAAGAAACAAAUAUUAUUUAAGGCAUGUGAAGUUAAAAAAUCCGGAGUAGUUUGUCAGGAACCUAUACCGUGUAUAUUUGAUGAUUCGACAUGUGUACUGCAUCUGACUAUACCCCAACAAAGGCAAUAUAUUCAAAAGAAAUACGAAUCGGAAACUGAGGAUGAAGAGGCUGAAGUGAAAAAAGAAAAUUCGACUGCUGAUAUAAAAAUGUCACCUAAACUGGAGUCACCUGGAGAAACAGGUGUCGAAGGGAAUACAGAAAUUCAAAAUGUUGUUGUAAAAUAA